GCCAUCGCGUCUGCUCCACUCGCUGCGAAGCUGUCACAAGUCCACUUCCUUGUAGGAUUUGUCAGGGCAGCAGCGAACCUCAAAUAUGCCUUUCAUCGCAAUGCAUCCCAUUCAUUAAUGGACGACCUCGUGAAGGAAUAGCAAACCCAACUGACCGAGGAGAAGGAGGAGAGGAGGUGCUUAGAGGAGGAGCACUGCGUCCGGCCGCGCCGCCUCGCCUCCCCGUGGCGUCGGUGUUCUGACCAAAAUGGCCACCAUGGAGAAACUAAUGAAGGCCUUCGAGUCCCUGAAGUCGUUCCAGCAGCAGCAGGGUCCCCCCACGGUGGAGGAGCUGGUGCAGAAGCAGAAAAAGGAGCAGGCUGCCACUAAGAAGGACCGCGUCACACAUUGCUUGACGAUAUGCGAGAACAUUGUAGCCCAGUCUCUGAGGACUUCUCCGGAGUUCCAAAAGCUGCUUGGCAUCGCCAUGGAGAUGUUCCUUCUCUGCAGCGACGACAGCGAAUCGGACGUCAGGAUGGUGGCUGACGAGUGCCUGAACAAGAUCAUAAAGGCUCUGAUGGACUCCAACCUACCCAGACUCCAGCUGGAGCUGUACAAAGAGAUUAAGAAGAACGGUGCCUCGCGGAGCCUGAGGGCGGCUCUCUGGAGGUUCGCUGAGCUCGCCCACCUCAUCAGGCCACAGAAGUGCAGACCCUACCUGGUGAACCUGCUGCCCUGCCUGACCCGGAUCACCAAGCGCCAGGAGGAGACGGUUCAGGAGACCCUCGCCGCCGCCAUGCCCAAGAUCAUGGCCGCGCUCGGACAGUUCGCCAACGACGGGGAAAUCAAGGUGCUGCUGAAGUCGUUUGUGGCCAACCUGAAGGUCAGCUCUCCCACCAUCAGACGCACGGCCGCUAGCUCGGCCGUGAGCGUGUGUCAGCAGUCCAGACGGCCCAGCUACUUCUACACCUGGCUGCUCAACGUGCUGCUGGGCCUGCUGGUGCCGGUGGACGAGGAGCACCCGAGCCACCUGAUCCUGGGCGUGCUGCUGACGCUGCGCUACCUGCUGCCGCUGCUGCAGCAGAACAUCAACGGGCCCAGCCUGAAGGGCAGCUUCGGGGUGAUGAGGAAGGAGGUGGACGUCCAGCCCACGCCGGAGCAGCUGCUGCAGGUGUACGAGCUGACCCUCCACUACACGCAGCACCGCGACCACAACGUGGUCACGGCGGCGCUGGAGCUGCUGCAGCAGAUGUUCCGGACUCCGCCCCCGGAGCUGCUGCACAUGCUCAUCACGCCCGGCAGCAUCCCGCACGCCGGCGUGUUCCGGCAGGACGCCGAGGGCCGUGCGCGCUCCGGCAGCAUCGGGGAGUUCAUCGCCGGGGGGGGGGCGGCCUGCAGUCCCCUCGUCCCCAGGAAGCAGAAAGGCAAGAUGCUGUCCGGGGAGGAGGACGGGCUGGAGGACGACCCCGAGAGAGCGGACCUACCCUCUGGCUCCUUCACUGCGGCGGUGGUGGGGGCCGACAGCGCGCCGGCCCCCCAGGCGGACAUCAUCACGGAGCAGCCUCGCUCCUCCCAGCACAGCCUGCAGCCGGGCGACUCGGUGGACCUCAGCGCCGCGGAGCAGGCCGGGGGCGGGGCCGGGGGCGGGGCCGGGACCUCCCCCUCGGGGACCCCCGAGUCCCCCAGCGGCCCCGACGAGGACAUGCUCAGCCGCAGCUCCAGCGGGGGGGCCAACGUGACCCCGGAGACGGCGGACUACACCACGCCCGAGAGCGCCACGCCCGAGGGGGGGCCCCUGGGGGACGGCGGGGGGGCGGAGCCCGGCGACCGCUCGCUGGCGCCCAGCGACUCGUCCCAGACGACCACGGAGGGGCCGGACUCGGCCGUCACGCCCUCGGACGUCGCGGAGCUGGUGUUGGACGGCAGUGACAGCCAGUACUCGGGGAUGCAGAUCGGAACCUUGCAGGAUGAGGAAGACGACGGCACCGCCCCCGUCCACAGCGACCCCCCAGAACCCUUCUCCCACUCCAUACUGGCUCUGAGCAAGCCUCACCUGCUGGACGGCAGAGGACACAACAGGCAGGGCUCGGACAGCAGUGUGGACCGCUUCGUACCGAAGGAAGAGCCGACAGAACCCGAACCGGAGAACAAGCCCUCGAGGAUCAAGGGUCCUAUUGGCCACUACACGGACCAGGGGGCGGAGCCUCUGGUGCAUUGUGUCCGCCUCCUCUCCGCCUCCUUCCUCCUGACUGGACAGAAGAAGGGUCUGGUGCCGGACAAGGAGGUGCGUGUGAGCGUGAAGGCGCUGGCGGUCAGCUGCGUGGGGGCGGCGGCUGCUCUGCUCCCCGAGGCCUUCUUCAACGCCCUGUACCUGGAGCCACUGGGCGGGGUCCCGGCCGACGAGCAGCAGUACCUCAGUGACGUGCUGGAGCUGGUGGACCACGCGGACCCCCAGAUCCGGGGGGCCACGGCCAUCCUCUGCGGCGCCAUCCUGCAGGCGGUGCUCAUCAAGACGCGCUACAGCAUGCACAGCUGGCUGGCCGGCGUGCAGAAGGCAACGGGUAACCCUCUGUCCCUGGUGGACCUGGUGCCUCUGCUCCAGAAGACCCUGAAGGACGAGUCGUCUGUCACCUGCAAGCUGGCCUGCUCUGCCGUCAGGCACUGCCUCAUGACGCUCUGCAGCAGCACUCUGAGCGAGCUGGGCCUGCAGCUGCUCAUCAACCUCCUAGCCCUGAGGGACUGCUCCUAUUGGCUGGUCAGGACGGAGCUCCUGGAGACCCUGGCUGAGAUGGACUUCCGGUUAGUGAACUACCUGGAGAGGAAGACUGAAGCAUUACACAAAGGAGACCAUCACUACACCGGGCAUCUGUGUCUGCAGGACCGGGUGCUGAACAGCGUGGUGAUCCACCUGCUGGGAGACGAUGACCACAGAGUGAGGCACGUGGCCGCCUCCAUCAUCAGCAGGCUGGUGCCGCGGCUGUUCUUCGACUGCGACCAGGGCCAGGCGGACCCCGUGGUGGCCAUCGCCCGGGACCAGAGCUCCGUCUACCUGCAGCUGCUGAUGCACGAGACCCAGCCCCCGUCCCACUUCACCGUCAACACCAUCACCAGGACGUAUCGCGGUUACGACCUGUCCACGGGCCUGUCGGACGUAACCAUGGAGAACAACCUGUCCAGGGUCGUCACGGCCGUGUCCCACGCACUCACCUCGUCCACCUCCAGAUACCUCACCUUCGGGUGCGUAGAGGCCCUGUGUCUCCUGGCCUCCACCUUCCCGGUGUGCAGCUGGAGCACCGGCUGGCACUGCGGCUACGUCAGCUCCAGCGCCAGCUACUCCUCCCGCUCCGGCCUGAACCGCGCCCGGAGCCGCACGCUCAGUUUGUCCCAGCCUGGUGGGGCCCCCGCGGCCCCCGGCUCCUCGGCGGCCCCGGAGCCCGAGCGGAGGACCCUGACGGUGGGCGUGGCCAACAUGGUUCUGUCCCUGCUGACGUCGGCCUGGUUCCCCCUGGACCUGUCGGCCCACCAGGACGCCCUGCUGCUGGCCGGCAGCCUGCUCGCCGCGGCCGCGCCCAAGUGCAUGCGCAGCCCCUGGGCCGGGGAGGAGGAGGGGGGUGCGGGCGGGGCGGGCCCCAACGCCGGCGGCCCUGCCCACAAGCCGGAGGAGCCCUGGGCCGCGCUGUCGGAGCGCUCCCUGGUGGCCAUGUUGGAGCAGCUCUUCUCCCACCUGCUCAAGGUGCUCAACAUCUGCGCCCACGUGCUGGACGACACGCCCCCCGGACCUGCUGUCAAGGCCACUCUGCCCUCGCUGGCCAACACCCCCUCCCUCAGCCCCAUCCGGAGGAAGGGGAAGGAGAAGGACCCCAUCGAGCCCAGCAUCACCCCCAUGAGCCCCAAGAAGGGCAGCGAGCCCAGCACGGGACGUCCGGGCGACGGUACGGGCCCCCCGGGCGUCAGCAAGUCCAGCACCAUCGGCAGCUUCUACCACCUGCCCCCCUACCUCAAGCUCUACGACGUCCUCAAGGCCACGCACGCCAACUACAAGGUGACGCUGGACCUCCACAGCAGCCAGGAGAAGUUUGGUGGGUUCCUGCGCUCUGCGCUGGACGUGCUGUCCCAGCUGCUGGAGCUGGCCACGCUCCACGACAUCGGCAAGUGUGUGGAGGAGAUCCUGGGCUACCUCAAGGCCUGCUUCCUGAGGGAGCCCACCAUGGCCACCCUGUGCGUCCAGCAGCUGCUGAAGACUCUGUUCGGCACCAACCUGGCCUCCCAGUACGAUGGGGCGCUGAGCGGGCCCAGCCGCUCCCAGGGGAAGGCCCUCCGGCUGGGCUCCUCCAACCUGCGGCCGGGCCUCUACCACUACUGCUUCAUGGCGCCCUACACGCACUUCACCCAGGCCCUGGCCGACGCCAGCCUGAGGAACAUGGUGCAGGCGGAGCACGAGCAGGACGCGUCCGGGUGGUUCGAUGUGAUGCAGAAAGUGUCCAAUCAGCUCAGGUCUAGCAUCACCAACGUGACGCGGCAGAGGGGAGACAAGAACGCCAUCCACAACCACAUCCGUCUGUUCGAGCCGCUGGUGAUCAAGGCCCUGAAGCAGUACACCACCAGCACGUCAGUGGCCCUGCAGAGGCAGGUCCUGGACCUGCUGGCCCAGCUCGUCCAGCUCCGCGUCAACUACUGCCUGCUGGACUCGGACCAGGUGUUCAUCGGCUUUGUCCUGAAGCAGUUUGAGUUCAUUGAAGUCGGCCAGUUCCGGGACUCUGACGCGGUGAUCCCCAACAUCUUCCUGUUCCUGGUGCUGCUGUCGUACGAGCGCUACCACUCCAAGCAGAUCAUCAGCAUCCCCAAGAUCAUCCAGCUGUGUGACGGCAUCAUGGCCAGCGGCAGGAAGGCCGUCACCCACGCGAUCCCGGCGCUGCAGCCCAUCGUCCACGACCUGUUCGUGCUGCGCGGCUCCAACAAGGCGGACGCGGGCAAGGAGCUGGAGACGCAGAAGGAGGUGGUGGUGUCCAUGCUGCUGAGGCUCAUCCAGUACCACCAGGUGUUGGAGAUGUUCAUCCUGGUCCUCCAGCAGUGUCACAAGGAGAACGAGGACAAGUGGAAGAGGCUGUCGCGGCAGAUCGCCGACGUCAUCCUGCCCAUGAUCGCCAAGCAGCAGAUCCACCUGGACUCCCCCGAGGCUCUGGGCGUGCUCAACACCCUCUUCGAGACGGUGGCCCCCUCCUCCCUCCGGCCCGUCGACAUGCUGCUGAAGAGCAUGUUCACCACCCCCGCUACCAUGGCCUCGGUCUCCACCGUCCAGCUGUGGGUGUCCGGUAUCCUGGCCGUGCUGCGCGUGCUGAUCUCCCAGUCCACCGAGGACAUCGUCCUGUCCCGCGUCCACGAGCUCUCCCUGUCCCCCGCGCUGCUGGGCUGCCCCACCAUCCGGGCCCUCCACCAGCACGGGCCCCCCCAGGCCGGGGCCCCCCCCGCCGCCGCCGCCGCCGUCGCCCCCGGCAACCAGGAGGCGGGCGGGGAGGUGGCUGUGAGGGCCCAGCCCGAGGAGACGUUUGCCAGGUUCCUCCUCCAGCUGGUGGGGGUGCUGCUGGAGGACAUCUCGUGCCGCCAGGUGAAGGUGGACAUGACGGAGCAGCAGCACGCCUUCUACUGCCAGCAGCUGGGCACCCUGCUCAUGUGCCUCAUCCACAUCUUCAAGAGCGGGAUGUUCCGGCGCAUCACGGCGGCGGCGUCCCGCCUCCUGAAGGGGGAGGGGCCCUGCGUGGGCGGGGAGGCGGGGGCCUUCUACUCGCUGGACGCCCUGAACGCGCGGGUCCAGGGCCUGACCACCACCCACCCUGCCCUGGUGCUGCUCUGGUGCCAGGUGCUGCUCAUCAUCAACUACACCAACUACUCCUGGUGGGCCGAGGUGCACCAGACCCCCAGGGGCCACAGCCUGUCCUGCACCAAGCUGCUGAGCCCCCACUCCUCCGGGGAGGGCGAGGACGAGAAGCCCGAGUGGCGUCUGGCCAUGAUCAACAGGGAGGUGGUCCGCAGGGGCGCGCUCAUCCUCUUCUGUGACUACGUGUGUCAGAACCUCCACGACUCUGAGCACCUCACCUGGCUGAUCGUGAACCACGUCAGCGACCUCAUCAGCCUGUCCCACGAGCCGCCGGUGCAGGACUUCAUCAGCGCCGUGCACCGCAACUCAGCCGCCAGCGGCCUCUUCAUCCAGGCCAUCCAGUCGCGCUGCGACAACCUCUCCACGCCCACCAUGCUGAAGAAGACCCUGCAGUGCCUGGAGGGGAUCCACCUCAGCCAGUCGGGCUCCCUGCUGAUGCUGUACGUGGACAAGCUGCUCAGCACGCCCUUCAGGGUGCUGGCCCGCAUGGUCGACACGCUGGCCUGUCGCCGUGUCGAGAUGCUGCUGGCAGAGACGCUGCAGAACAGCAUCGCCCAGCUGCCAACGGAGGAACUGGACCGGCUCCAGGACUACCUCCAGUCCAGCGGGCUGGCCCAGAGGCACCAGAGGUUCUACUCUCUGCUGGACAGGUUCCGAGCCACUGUUGCCGAGGAGACCACUAGCCCCGCCCCCCCGGUGACGUCACACCCCCUGGACGGUGAUCCGCCACCUGCCCCGGAACUGGUCGUCGCCGACAAGGAGUGGUACGUGAACCUGGUGAAGUCCCAGUGCUGUGUGGCCGGGGACGGCUCGCUGCUGGAGACCACCGAGCUGCUCACCAAGCUGCCCGCCGCCGACCUCUCCAGCAUCAUGAGCUGCAAGGACUUCAACCUGAGCCUGCUCUGCCCCUCCCUGAGCGUGGGAAGGCAGCGGCUGGCCCGGGGUCAGGGGUCGUUGCUCAUGGAGACGGCGCUGCAGGUCACCCUGGAGCAGCUGGCGGGUGUCACCCAGGCACUUCCUGUGCCCCACCAGUCCUUCCUGCCGCCCACCAGUCCGACCCAACCCGAGCCCUACUGGGACCAGCUGGCUGAAGUUUACGGCGAGCCAGGGUUCUUCCCCAGGGUGCUCUCUCUGUGCCGGGCGCUGUCCCAGUACCUUCUGAGUGUCAGCAGGCUGCCCGCCUCGCUGCACAUCCCCGUCGACAAGGAGCACCUGAUCACCGUCUUCACCGUCACGGCCACCGAGCUGAUGGCGUGGCGGCUGCUGCAGGAUGCGCUGCCCAUCAGCGUGGACCUCCAGUGGGGGCUGGCCGCCCUCUGCCUCGCCCUGCAGCAGCCCUGCGUGUGGAGCCGCCUGGCCAGCCCCGAGUACACCUCCCACACCUGCUCCCUGGUGCGCUGCCUGCGCCUCAUCAUCACCGCAGUGGCGGUGAGUCCGGGCGACCAGCUGCUGCAUCCAGAGAAGAAGAAGACCAGGGCGGAGCGGGAAGCGGAGGAGGACCAGCUGGACUCCGCCCCCCCGCCCGAGAUCAACGUGUGCCAGCAGCAGGCGUGUGAGAUCAUGGCGGAGCUGGUGGAGGGCCUUCAGAGCGUCUUCGCUCUCGGUCACCAUAGGAACGCCGCCAUCCCCGCCUUCUUCACGCCCACCCUGAGGAACAUCAUCAUCAGUCUGUCGCGCCUGCCGCUGGUCAACAGCUACACCCGCGUGCCCCCACUGGUGUGGAAGCUGGGCUGGUCUCCGCGCCCCGGGGGCGAGUUCGGCACCACACUGCCGGAGAUCCCCCUGGACUUCCUGCAGGAGAAGGACGUCUUCAGGGAGUUCCUGUACCGCAUCAACACCCUGGGCUGGAGCAGCAGAACCCAGUUCGAGGAGACCUGGGCCACCCUGCUGGGGGUGCUGGUCACCCAACCAAUCACCAUGGACCAGGAGGAGGAGGUGCAACAGGAGGAGGACCUGGAGCGGACCCAGCUCAACGUGCUGGCGGUGCAGGCCAUCACCAGCCUGGUUCUGAGCGCCAUGACGCUGCCCGCCGCCGGCAACCCGGCCGUCAGCUGCCUGGAGCAGCAGCCCCGCAACAAGAGCCUGAAGGCCCUGGACACGCGAUUUGGCAGGAAGUUGGCGGUGAUCCGGGGGGAAGUGGAGCGGGAGAUCCAGGCGCUGGUGUCCAAGAGGGACAACGUCCACACGCACCACCCCUACCACGCCUGGGACCCCGUGCCCUCGCUGUCCGCCGCCUCCGCCGCAGGGACUCUGAUCAGCCACGAGAAGCUGCUGCUGCAGAUCAACACGGAGAGAGAGAUGGGCAACAUGGACUACAAACUAGGACAGGUGUCGAUCCAUUCGGUCUGGCUCGGCAACAACAUUACACCCCUGAGGGAGGAAGAGUGGGGUGAGGAUGAAGAGGAUGAGACAGACACCCCAGCACCCUCCUCCCCCCCAACCUCUCCCAUCAACUCCAGGAAGCACCGGGCCGGGGUGGACAUCCACUCCUGCUCCCAGUUCCUCCUGGACCUCUACAGCCAGUGGCUCAUCCCCGGGACCCCCAACACCAGGCGGACCCCCGUGGUGCUGAUCAGUGAGGUGGUCCGAUCGCUGCUGGCGGUGUCGGACCUGUUCACGGAGAGGAACCAGUUCGACAUGAUGUUCUCCACCCUGAUGGAGCUGCAGAAGCUUCACCCCAUGGAGGACGAGAUCCUCAACCAGUACCUGGUGCCCGCCAUCUGCAAGGCCGCGGCCGUGCUGGGCAUGGACAAGGCCAUCGCGGAGCCGGUGUGCCGGCUGCUGGAGACCACCCUGCGCAGCACCCACCUGCCCAGCAGGGUGGGGGCGCUCCACGGGGUGCUGUACGUCCUGGAGUGCGACCUGCUGGACGACACGGCCAAGACGCUCAUCCCCGUCGUCUCCGAGUACCUGCUGUCCAACCUGCGCGCCAUCGCCCACUGCGUGAACCUCCACAACCAGCAGCACGUGCUUGUGAUGUGCGCGGUGGCGUUCUACAUGAUGGAGAACUACCCCCUGGACGUGGGGGCCGAGUUCUCCGCCGGAGUCAUCCAGAUGUGCGGGGUGAUGGUGUCGGCCUCCGAGGACUGCACGCCCUCGGUCAUCUACCACUGCGUGCUGCGCGGCCUGGAACGCCUGCUGCUGUCGGAGCAGCUGUCGCGCGUGGACGGCGAGGCGCUGGUGAAGCUCAGCGUGGACCGCGUCAACAUGCCCUCGCCCCACCGCGCCAUGGCCGCCCUGGGCCUCAUGCUCACCUGCAUGUACACCGCCGUGAUUGCGUCGGGGUCAGAGGUGACAGGGGUUAGAGGUCAGGUGGGCUCUGCGGUUGCGGAGGCUGUGGGCGUCACAGCGGGUCCUGUGGGUUUCUCCUCAGGCAAGGAGAAGGCCAGCCCCGCCGGACGCCCCGCCCACCCCGACCCCCAGGCCCCCGACAGCGAGUCGGUCAUCGUCGCCAUGGAGAGGGUCUCCGUGCUCUUCGACAGGAUCCGUAAGGGCCUUCCCAGCGAGGCGCGCGUGGUGGCCCGGAUCCUGCCCCAGUUCCUGGACGACUUCUUCCCGCCGCAGGACAUCAUGAACAAGGUCAUCGGGGAGUUCCUGUCCAACCAGCAGCCGUACCCCCAGUUCAUGGCUACUGUCGUCUUCAAGGUGUUCCAGACGCUCCACGCCACGGGGCAGUCCUCCAUGGUGCGCGACUGGGUGCUGCUGUCGCUCUCCAACUUCACCCAGCGCUCCCCCGUCGCCAUGGCGAUGUGGAGCCUCUCCUGCUUCUUCGUGUCGGCCUCCACCUCCCAGUGGAUCUCCGCCCUACUGCCCCACGUGAUCAGCAGGAUGGGCAGCAGCGAGGUGGUGGACGUGAACCUCUUCUGCCUGGUGGCCAUGGACUUCUACCGGCACCAGAUCGACGAGGAGCUGGACCGACGCGCCUUCCAGUCGGUGUUCGAGACCGUGGCCUCCCCGGGCACCUCCUACCACCAGCUGCUGGGGUGCCUGCAGUCCAUCCACCACGACACCUCCCUCUGAGGGGGGGAGGAGAGGGGGAGGAGGAGGAGACAACGCCUCCCUCUGAGGGAGGAGGGAGGGAGGGUAGGGGAGAGUGAGAGUGAAAGGAAGGAGGGAGGGAGAGGGAGGAGGAGGAAUGAAGGUAGAGAGACUGGUCACAUGUGAACACCUCACUGAAGUAGAACGCAGCCUCCCUUUGAUGGGAAGGGAGGGAUGAGAGGGUGGGAGGUGGAGGAGAGGAGGAGGAGGGAGGGGGGAGGACCGAUGGAAGAGAACAGAUCACAUCCCUGUACACCUCCCUGAUGAAGAGAGGCUCCACCUCCCUCUGGUCAAGACGAGAAUGUUGAAUUAGUCCCCCUCUCCUUCCUCCCUCUCCUCCCCGCCCCAGAGCCUCGCGCCGUGACUCCCCGCACACUAAUCAGCGUAUUCUAAGGCACCGUGCUGACGUCAGACACUGUAGCGAUGAGUCAACCACCGGCCCAGGCGUGCACUAGAGAUUCCCGGGGUUAGACGGUACGCUCUGACUUCCUGUGUGGUUAGCUGAGAUUUGAAGCAGCAGGUCAGUUUGUGUUGAGACUGGGAGCACGUCGCUUGCUGAUCUAUGAAAUGCACUGACCCGGGUUCCUUUAACUGUGAUGUCCACUACGACAUUUCUAUAGAUCCGCAACAUAACACUUCACGUUCCCGCGGUGAAAUCGACCGAGCAUAUUAAUUAUAUAACAAACUGGAUUUGUAUAUUUUCCUGUGAGGACGUCCUUAUUCAUUGCAUCGAGUUAAGUCGAAACAUAGAUUCAUUCUGAGUAAUUACGAUAUUUAAAGUGCCGAAAUGUCUAUUUUUGUGUGUGCUUUGCUAGAGGAAGCGAAUACAUGAGAUGCAAAGCAGGGAGAUUGCCUGCUGUGAAAUGUGAUCGGCUUGUUAUUAUUAUCUAUGGUUGAGGUUGUAUAUUUGUAUGUUGUGCGCCCUCACUCUGAUUCCCAACAUGAACGAGCUCAGAGAGACACUUUGUAAGACAGAGGUUUUAUGUAUACUUUAAAGUCAAUGAUCACCUAUAGCCAUAUUAUGUUCCGAUUAUCGUUUAGGAUUACAGAUUCCAUGUCCCUUAAAGAUGGCCCAAGGAUGAUUGUGGUGUCUGGGGCGCUGGUUUUAGACUGACAUCUAGAGGAAGGUUUAGAAGAGUUGUACACCAACGCAAACUACAUUUUUAGUUCUGGCCAAGGCCUAAAAUAGUUUGUGGGGGCCAGGACCGCGAACCCCCUCCCUGAGGCAGAACACAUGGACUUUUGCUCGUGUUUUGUUGCAUCAAAGUCUCGUCGGAGCCGACGUGCGUUAGUGUCUGACCCGCCCAUCGGUUGUGUUUAUGAUUUUGUUUUAAUUCUCAGGAUUUAAGAUUUCAAUGUUAUUGUUGUGAUAAGAAUGGAAACGUGUGUCAUCUUUUAAUGGAGUACCUUCUUAUGCCAUGUACAAAAAAGAUUCCACGUUAAUUGUAAAGUGACACACACACAUGAUUGUAAAGUAAUAUAAAAAGCCAUGUUGCAUGACCCACUUGUACUGUCUAUAGAUGUACCAACUACGAUAGACGGUAAGGUUACACGAUGCAUCACUGUCAUGCUCCCCGGGCCGAAUCGAACGACCGACAGAAGACCGGGGAUUGCACUUACGACGACGGUUUAUACUUGCUUCUGUCCAUUAUCACUGUUUGUGAGCUGCCUAGAAACCUUCACCAUAGACUUCCGUUUACGAAGCGUGUGUGAGUGUGUGUGUGUGUUAGAAUGUGACAUCCAACUUGUACAGUGGCGCUUGCAGACGCAUGCAGACAUACGUAUGUCACAGUGGUUGAUGUGUUGUCUCGGUCCACUGGUGUUGUAGUGGUUUCUCAGGGCGAUGGUUGCAAUGGUGGACCGUGGAACGGAUGCAACUCGCUCUUUUGUGACCGACUACAGCUUUAGACAAAUCACAGUUGAGGAGUUUUAGCGAAGUAUAAAUCAUAAAGAAAAAAGGACAACGUUUGUCUACCUUUCGAUAGUUUUUUCUUUUUGGACUAAAGCUUUAUUUUAGUUUUAUGAAAGACGAUUUGUGCUACAGAGAAAAAAUUAGUAUACAGAACUGGUCUCUCCUUCGUUAAACUUGUUUACUUUGGGGAAGGGUUGGGGGGUAAAACACGACUUUACAUGAAGAUUAGUUUUCUGUGCUUCACACAUUAUGACGUGACAUUGAUCGACGACCGAUUGACUUUGAUCAUGGUAAUAGACGAUGUAUUCAAAUAAUAAUAAAUCAUCCUCUAUG